AUGUUUAGAUUAAAACCUAUUCAAUCAACAAUUUUGAAAAAACCAACUUCUCAUUAUACUUCAUUUCCCAGCAAAAGAUUAAUAUCUCAUAGUGUUGGUAAUGGAACAAAAGGUCAACCAACAUGGCCACUGUUUCAAUCAUUGACUAAUUCAUUUUCUCGAGAAAGUAUAAAACUUUUCGGUUGGUCAAUGGCUUUACUGGUAGCAUUAUUAAUUUGGCCAAUUGGAAUUGUUGAUUUAUCAAAUAAAAUUGAUCAUGUACCUAAAGAUAAAGGAGCUCAAGUACAAUUACAUCGAAUUGAAGGAACUAUUGAUAAAUAUGAUGCCACUGUUGAAAUUCCUCAAACUUUUGUAAGUCUUGAUAAACUGGAUGAAGAAGAAGCUGAAGAUGUUACUGUUGAUGAUGAAGAAUAG